AUGUGCGAUGAUGUUCGAGUGCGGUGUCCGUACUCUGAUGAAGGCUGUCCAGAAGUCAUGGCUCGAGGACACGUGCAAUUGCAUGUGGAGAAGUACUGCGAUUACAAGCUGUUGCAAUGUCCGCAAUCGACCUGCAACCAGAAGACUCUCAGGAAGAAGCUAAAUCCGGACAGAUGCAUGCACACUACUGUCAAAUGCGAGGCCUGCGAAGAGGAUGUAAUGGAGCAAGAUUUACAGGACCAUCGAGAUUCGCUCUGUCCCAGCUUACGGACUAAUUGUCCCGACUGUGGCGCGAUGGUAUUCCGCAGCGCACUCGAGGAACAUGUUGAGACUUGUCCUGAAGCUAUUCAUCUAUGCCAGGCAUCGAAAUAUGGAUGUCCCACCAAACUAAAACGAUCAGAAUUGACAGUGCAUGAACGAAGCUGUCCACUGAUAACUAUGGGCCCGUACAUAGAAGCGCAGAACUCUCGUAUUGACUCACUAGAUAUGACCAUUCGGCAAUUGCUGCAAAGAAACGAGAUCCUCGAGGAUGGAAUUGCCAACAUUCGCUCCACAUUGAUGGAGAGCGCUCGUUUCAUGCAUGAAGGUCGGAAUGACCGGCAAGUUCCUAGUGGAAACGUGAACCAGGACCACGCCCAAUCCGAACCCAGACAAUCCGAAGAAGUCGAUCGUUCGUCACAACUGUCGUCUUCGACGGCAUUGACAUAUCUCCUAUCACUGCACGAGUCUCUCCGCGAGGAGGUAUCCCAACUGUCACGAGCAAUUACCGACCUUGAUUCCCGUGCCAGUAUGGCGAUUCUGAAUGAAAGCAUGCGCGUGAACGAGGACAUGGCUCACACAAGCGCUGCAAUCAAUACAAUACGAAUGCAAAUACAUUGGCUUUUGAAUCCUCGGUUGCAACAAGGUCAUCGACUAGGCUCUGCAGCAGCCGGAGGAGACUCGCAACCGGGGCCAAGCACUCGGGCUGAGCCUGGUGCAAGCAAUUUAACAACACGACGAAGACUCAGCGAUAGCGGUCGUGAGGGGACUAAGCUGUAG